AUUGACAGUGACUGACAGUCUAGAUUUAGAAUCAAGACUAGACCUAGAUAUAGAUCUAUUAUAUUAUAUUAUAUCAUAAAUAUAUCUAGAUCUAAACUUAAACUCUGAUAUAUUACAAUAAUCUCUACAAUGUCAAUCAAAUUCAAGUCAAUGGCAACCUUCUUGAGUCGAAAAAGUUUAAGUUAUUCCAGUGCCAGCGAUCGAGUCAACAAAAUUAUUUGUUUAUGUCAAUGCCAUUUUUAUGAUUUUAAAAGUGUGUCUUUUCCACAAUAUUAUUCAGAUGACUCAAAAGUGAGAUCCUCUUCUUUUAUUGAUUAUUUACCAUUGCAAGCUAUUGGUGGUGCAGGGGGUCAAGGUCUACCAAAGUAUGGCGGAUUUGGUGGUGAUGGAGGCCAAGUAAUAUUUGUUGCUAAUAAAAAGAUUUUGACCCUAAGACAAGUGUUACAGAAAUUCCCACGUCAAUUCUGUAAAGCAGGAACAGGGGAAAACAGCGAUAGGUUUCAUUUACUUGGGGAACGAGGUGAAAACUUAACUAUUGAAGUUCCUGUUGGUGUUAUAGUUCAUUUACCUAAUGGCAAGAAAGUUGAUUUAGAUCAAAAUGGAGACAUAUGUAUUGCUGCAGAAGGUGGUUCUGGCGGCAAUGACAAGACAAAUUUCUUAGGAAUCAGGGGAGAAAAUAAUUCCAUUGGUCUCGAACUGAAACUUUUAGCAGAUGUGGGACUUGUUGGGUUCCCCAAUGCUGGAAAAUCUACAUUUUUAAAAGCAAUAUCAAAAGCUAAACCUAAAAUAGGAGCUUAUCCAUUUACUACAUUAUCACCACAGUUAGGUAUCAUGGAAUAUGAAGAUGGUAGAAAGAUAACUGUUGCUGAUUUGCCAGGAUUAAUAGAAGGUGCUCAUCAAAAUUUUGGAAUGGGUAUUAAGUUUUUACGACAUGCUGAGAGAAAUAAAAUUCUUUUGUACAUGCUUGAUAUCAACCCAUUUCAAUUGUCUUUUAAGUACCCAGAGAGAUCUGCAUUUGAAACACUUUUAAUCCUUAUUCAGGAACUAGAAGAGUAUGGCCAUGGAAUGCUGGACAAACCAUCUAUAUUAGCUCUGAACAAAAUUGAUACAGAUUCUGAUUUCACAAAAACCAAAGAUCUUUUAAAUCUCAUUAAAAAUUUGCCUGACUCUUUGUCAGAUGUAAGAGAAGAAUUCCACCCGAAAAGGUUGCCUGUGUUUGAUGACAUAUUCACCAUCUCAGCCAUGAAAGGAGAAAACACGCUACAGCUAAAGGAAAGUAUCAGGAGGGUCAUGGAUGACUAUGCAGAGAAAAAGAUAAUUGCUGAAAUGGAAGCUAAAAAUUCAUUGUUGAAGUCCAGUGAUGAUUUGAAUCCCACAGAAAAGAUUAAAAGUGUUUUGGUUUGAAACUGA